AUGCUCCUCCGCCGCGCCUCCGCCGCAGCGCAGCGCUCCUCCUGGCUAUCCCACACGCGGGCUAUCCCCCGGCUCGUGGGCCCCGUCCGUCCCUGCAGCUCUACCUCCUCUCCACACCGGCGCAGCCGCCGCCGCACGCCGCAGUUUGAGGACGGUGCUCUCACCACCACCGCUGCGCCCCGGCCAUUCCCGGAUUACUGUCCACCCCGCCCCGAAUCGCCGGCCGACGAUGCCCUCGCCCGCCGCCUCUCGGCCGCGCUCCUCGCCUCGCCCAGUCCAGGAUCCCUCCCUCCUCUCCCCUUCAUCCCCCUCCUCCGCCCGCUGCACCUGCUCCUCGCGCUCCCACUGCUCGCCUCGCACCCCAACCUCACCAGCAUCCUCCUCCCGCUCCUCCUGCUCUUCCCCUCCCGACCCCACCCCCACCCCCACCUCAUCCAGUGCUUCGCCAUCGCCGCCCAUCUCGCCGUCCGCGACCCCGGCACCGCGCGCGCAAUCCUCGUGCGCGCCCUCCGCUUCCCUUCUCCUCAUCGGCAUUUCGUCGAGCAGUUCAUCUUCACCUACAAGGCCUUCUCGUCGGACCCCGCCUCCUUCGACCUCCUCCUCCUCUGCCUCCCCUCCGCCGCCCUGCUCCGCCGCCUCCGCCAGUACGGCCUAUCCCCGUCCCCAGAACCCUGUAACGCCGUGCUCUCCCGCCUUCCGCUCCACGAAGCAAUUGAGCUGUUCCAACAACUCCCGGACAAGAACGUCCGCUCCUACAAUAUACUCCUCAAGGCUCUCUGCAGCGCAGGCCGGCUCAAGGAUGCGCGUCAACUGUUCGAUGCAAUGCUCUUACCACCAGAUGUUGUCACGUACGGCACUAUGGUCCAUGGGUACUGCGCCCAUGGUGAGCUGGAGGUCGCGGUGAAGCUGUUGGAUGAAAUGGUGGCAAAUGGACUGGAGUCAAGCGCGACAGCAUAUACAAGCGUCAUUGCACUGUUAUGCAAUAAAGGGCAGGUUUCAGAUGCUUUGAGGGUGGUAGAGGAUAUGGUGAUGCGUGGAGUGGCAUUGGACGCAGUGGUGUUUACAACUGUAAUGAGUGGAUUUUGUGGCAAGGGUGAUUUGGUAGCUGCAAGAAGGUGGUUUGAAGAAAUGCAGAACAGAGGGUUUGCAGCCGAUGGGGUUACAUAUACCACACUGAUCAAUGGUCUCUGUCGGGCUGGGGAGUUGAGAGAGGCAGACAGAGUACUUCGGGAGAUGGUGGAUAAGGGACUGGAUGUUGAUGUUGUCACAUAUACAGUGCUCAUUGAUGGGUACUGCAAGAGAGGGGACAUGGUGGAAGCCUUUCGGGUUCACAAUGACAUGGUGCAGAGACGAGUGGCACCGAACCUGGUGACAUACACGGCCCUGUCGGAUGGUCUGUGCAAGCAGGGAGAUGUGCAUGGUGCUAAUGAGUUAUUGCAUGAGAUGUGCAACAAGGGAUUAGAGCUGAACGUUUACACAUACAACUCCCUGAUCAAUGGCAUGUGCAAGUUUGGCAAUCUGGAGCAGGCCAUGAGGACCAUGACAGACAUGGAAGCAGCAGGCCUUAAACCGGAUGUUUAUACAUAUACAACUCUUAUAGAUACGCUCUGCAAGUCAGGAGAGUUUGACAGGGCUCACAGCCUGUUACAGGAGAUGUUAGAUAAAGGAAUUAAGCCUAGUAUAGCGACUUAUAAUGUUCUAAUGAAUGGUUUUUGCAUGUCAGGUAGGGUAGAAGGAGGAAAAAAGCUGCUUGAGUGGAUGCUGGAGAAGAAUGUUUGCCCAAAUGUUGUAACUUAUAAUUCUCUUAUGAAGCAGUACUGCAUUGACAAGAACAUGAAAUCUACCACACAGAUUUACAAGGGGAUGCAUUCUCAGGAGGUGGCUCCAAACGAGAACACAUACAAUAUAUUGAUCAAGGGGCAUUGUAAGGCAAGAAAUAUGAAAGAGGCACUGUAUUUCCAUAAUGAAAUGAUGGAGAAGGGAUUUAAACUCAGCGCAAGUGCAUAUAGUGCUCUUAUAAGAUUGCUGAAUAAAAAGAAGAAAUUUGCUGAGGCGAGAGGGUUAUUUGAUGAGAUGAGAAAGGAGGGUUUGACAGCUGAACCAGAUGUAUAUGGUUUUUAUAUUGAUCACAAUUUUAAUGACGAUAAUUUGGAGUAAACUGUUGCAUUUUGUGAUGAGCUGGUGGAAGAAAGUCAUGUAAAAUCUAAAGCUGGCACAAGCUUAAGAUUUUGCAAAGGAAGAUGUGCCAUAGGAGCAUGAUUUUGGCAGAUGGCAUCCUAGUUUGUUCAGAAUGGACAGUAUGUGAGGCGUAAACAGAUUCACGAAAAGCAUUAUCCCUUUGUGCCAUGCUGAACUAACAGCUGAGCCAUCUUGAUAUUUUGUUACAAGAUGUGGAGCUAUUUGGGAUGCACUCUGAAGUGUUUGUGCAAGGCAAGAGACAUAAACAGCAUAUUUGUGAACUUAUUGCUUCACUUUUCAGAGAAGCAGUUUCUGCCAUCAUAAAUUGUUGAGCAAUAAGGACAAUGGUCAGGCAACGAGUAAAUAAAUCAUCUCCUAGGGAAGUGAGCAGGGAUUAACCCAAUUGGUAGGCAAAUACCGCUAAUGAUGCGGUGAUCAGGUGAUGUUGAUUUUUACGUACGGAAAGGAGAGCAAAUAACUGACAAGAGAUGGGAGAAGCCAGCACAAUAAAUAUCUUAUGAGUGCUCCUAGCCAACUAUUAAGGUCGAAAGGAACGAUGGACCUCUAUCCACCUUCAUCGAUAACUCUUGGGAAGAUAAUACUAGGAACUCAUUUGACCUCUUUCUCCUUCCCAUAACUUUGAAACUACAUAUAAUUCUUUUAUUGCACACUACAUUCCUUCAUCAAGAUUGGAGAUGAUGGGAUCGACUGUGCUUAACUGGGCACUUACUUCCAUCUCCAUCUUGCCACAUUGGUGAAAUAACAAAAUAUGUGAUGUAUGGGAGACUA